CUUCCUUUUCGUCCAUCUGGAUAAGAGAAACAGCAGCGUAAAGGAAACUGUCAAGUUAUUGAGAAAAGGAAAAGAAAGUAAGAGAAAGAUCGAGCUGAUGGACUCCGGGCGCCUGACAAGAAUUUAAAUAAGCAGUUUCUAAUGAAGCCAGGCAGCAGCCUUCCACACAAGCCAUGACUUUAUCUGAACAGAGGAAGUAAAAUCGACUUGUGAUGAAUCUUGCUGUUACAAGCAGACAUGCGUUACCUUCUCCUCGGUGUCAUCAGCUGUCUCUGCCUUCUUCACACUGGUGUCAGUGUGGAAGAAUGCAGCCAGGAUGUUCUGGCAACGCGUGAGACAUUUGAUGUCCCAGCAGGGGGCAGUCAGUCUCUGUCCUGUGUGGUCCAGCACUGUGGAUACUCCUGGGAAGGUACCUGGAUACGAUCUAAUUCGACAGGUGAAGAGUUAAGUGUAAGGCACCGUGUGACGCAUGUGAUGCUCUCAGCCAAUCAAACUAAAUUAAUUUUAGAUUUACUGAGUGUCACCCAAUCAGAUGAAGGUUCCUAUGGAUGCAAAGUUAAAUGGGCUAAUGGUGAAACUCAGCAGGGACAUCUGAAAUAUGUGAACGUCACUGCAGCUGUCACCUCUCAGAGGACUGUAUUGCACAGGGUUCUGGUCUGUGCCAGUGCUUCUCUUUGCCUUCCCAUCAUUCUGGGAUUGGCUUAUUGUCUGAGUUCAAAAGUCAAGCCUCAGACACUUCCCAGGACGCUAUCCACUCAUGCAGCUGUAGACACAGACCAACCACACCCGGCUCCACAGCCUCCACCUCGAUGCCCUGUACCACAGAAACGUAGCAAAUCUCCUCGCAAAGCUGCCCCCAAGUCCCGACAAAAGACUGAGGUGGUGUAUGCAGACAUUUCCCAGGAUGCACUGAGACAGCAGGGAGCCACCAGAGCACCUGACCAGUCCACUGUGUACUCAUCCCUCAGAUUUUCCUGACUGCAGUUGAAAAAUUGUCUGCUGAGGAUCAGUUAUGUGGGACUUGCUUGAUCUUUGACGUCUUCGGGAGGCAUUCGAUAAAGACUUGUGUAACCUGGGAGCUUCUCAUUGCAGGACUGCAUCUGAGACAUUCUGACUGUUGUUUGACUUCACCCACAUUUUGUAUAAAACCAUUAAAGCAGAGGACAAAAUAAGACCCAAAAUAAUCCAGCAGAGUCAUUUUUGCCUACCCCUGUAUGUGGACUGUCCUAAAUAUGCUCUGACGUGGAAGCAGUGACGGUUUUAAGUGCCAAAAAUCCUCCAUGUGCAGGUAGCAUAAUAGACAGCAAGUGAAGCAGAUAAUGAGGAGAUAUUGCAGCAUGCAUCAACCAGCUGAACCACCCUGAGGUGCUGCGGGGAGAAAAAACUCAGCUUUGUGGCAUCAUUUCACAGAUGUCACCACUUUUGGUGUUUGGAAAUGUGACUGCGGACAAGCAAAACACUCAGUGCAGUCCGACCAAUUUAAAGGUAUUGCAGUUUUUAAAAUGUGAAGCAAAUGCUGUAUGAUAAUGUUUCUGAUGUGUGUGAAUAAAAACACCGCUGUGU